CAGACCUAGUCUGACAAAAACGUUUCUUCAAACAGAUCAUGUAUGUCCAUACAAAACGAGUCUUUUGUAAUAUUGCCAGUGUGAGUCUACCGUUCUACGCAACCCACUACCCACUUUUUUAGUACUUCACACUUGGAUGAGAUUUCAAGCCGUUUACUACUUAACAUUUUUUUUCCAGUGGAGUGUUCUGCUUACUGACUGAGAAGAAUGCAUCGGGGCAACAAUAGUUUGCUCCACCUGGAUCCAAGUGUUUGUGGAGUGGGUCAGGAGGAUCCUGAGAGAAUAGCGCAGGCUAACCUGUCAGAGGGAUCUCUCCAAAACCUCUCGGUACAUUGUUGGCUCCAUCUGCUAUCCAGAGAGUCGGCUCCGGAGCUGAAUGGGGAAAGCGCAAAUAUGGCGGUGCGAGUGGUCAUUGCCCUGGUCUAUCUGGUGGUGUGUGCUCUGGGGCUGGUUGGGAACCUCCUGGCGCUCUUCCUUCUCCACUCCCUGCACCGGGGACACCACUCCUCUGUAGACUUCUUUGUGAUGAACCUGGCCGUGACUGACCUACAGUUCAUCCUCACCCUGCCCUUUUGGGCUGUGGACACAGCCCUGGAUUUCCGCUGGCCCUUUGGUAGGAUAAUGUGUAAGAUUGUCAGCUCUGUGACCACCGUUAACAUGUACGCUAGUGUCUUCUUCCUGACGGCCAUGAGCGUAGCACGCUACUGCUCCCUCGCCUUCUCACUGCGUAUGAGCAACCCCAAAAUGGCUGCCGCUCGUGCUAAGUGGGCCAGUUUGGCCAUCUGGGCGGUGUCGCUAGUGGUAACAAUGCCCCACGCAUUCUACUCCACCACAGCUCAGGUGUCUGCAGAUGAUGAGCUAUGUCUGGUCCGGUUCUCCGGCUCCAACUCAGGCAGCUGGGACCCUCAGGUUCUACUGGGCCUCUAUCAGACACAGAAGGUGCUGCUGGGAUUUGUAGUUCCAUUAGUAGUGAUCAGCAUGUGCUACCUCCUCCUACUGCGCUUUGUCCUGAGCCGCCGCAACUUUAGUGUAGUGGGCUGUGCAGGGGUCACGGAGAGGUCAGAGGUGCAGAGGUACCGCCAACGACGGCGCUCUAAAGUUACCCGCUCUGUGACCAUUGUGGUGCUGUCCUUCUUCCUGUGCUGGCUGCCCAACCAGGCUCUGACACUCUGGGGCGUGCUGAUCAAAUUUGACCUGGUGCCCUUUAGUAAGGCAUUUUACAACGCCCAGGCCUACGCUUUCCCUCUGUCUGUAUGCCUGGCUCACACCAACAGCUGCCUCAACCCGGUGCUUUACUGCCUGAUUCGACGGGAGUACCGGGCCGGGCUCAAAGAGCUGCUUCUCCGAGUCUCGCGGUCCAUCAGGAACGUAGUCACCCUGGCUCUGAGGGAGAAUAAAGUGGAGGGGGCGGUGGUUAUACCCAGGGAUGUCAGCUUGUGAUUGGCUGCAGGACAGUAGUGAUGUGAAGCAUGCAAUUAAUUUACAACACACUUUUCCAAGAGUUGAGGCUAUUGUACAAGAACACCGAAAACUAGCCUGCACGGAUUAAUCAUUAAUAUUGUAUUCUUUGUACAUUUGAAAUUCUGUCACUUUAUGAAAUGAGAGUGAGUGAUAUCCAAAAAGCCUCUUCUAGCACAUUUAAAUCAAAUCUUUCAAAAUGUUGGUCGCACACUGAAAGUUGUAUGUUUUCUGUGUGUGUAUGAUUUUAACUGUCCAGGUACAAAUUAGCUAUUGAAAAAAAUCGGUUCAAAUUAAUAAAAUUAAAACU